AUGUAUCUAUUUCUGUGUGGUAGCCUAGGAAUUCAAAGGGAUGUUACUUAUUCCGAGUCUCGGGGGCACAAUUUUACAUUAAAUGCCACAUUCGCUGAAAUCAAAUUCAGUGACUAUGAUGGCCUAGUCAUGCCAGGAGGACGAGCUCCGGAGUAUCUUGCGAUGGAUCAAUCUGUUGUAGACUUCGUCAGCAAAUUUUCUCAUGCUGGAAAGCCGAUUACCACUAUUUGUCAUAGCCAAUUGAUUUUGGCUGCUGCAAAUAUUGUUAAAGGUUGCAAGUGCACAGCAUAUCCUACUGUGGGACCUGUACUGAUUGCUGCAGGUGCUCACUGGGUUGAACCUGAGAGCCUGUCACACUGUAUUACUGAUGGCAAUCUUGUGACUGGGGUUGCAUACCCUGGACAUCCUGAGUUCAUCCAGUCUUUUGUGAAGGCUUUAGGCAGCAGCAUUACUGGGUCGGAAAAACGGAUCUUAUUUUUAUGUGGGGACUACAUGGAAGAUUAUGAGGUAUACGUACCUUUUCAGUCUCUUCAAGCUCUAGGGUGCCAUGUUGAUGCAGUCUGCCCCAAGAAGAAGAGUGGUGACACUUGCCCAACUGCAAUUCAUGAUUUUGAAGGUGACCAGACUUACAACGAGAAACCUGGCCAUGAUUUUACUCUUACAGCUGACUUUGAGGGUUUGGAUGCCUCAAGUUAUGAUGCCCUUGUCAUCCCUGGAGGUCGUGCCCCAGAAUAUUUGGCCUUGGAUGGGAAAGUGAUUGCUCUAGUUAAGGAUUUCAUGGAGGCCAAGAAGCCAGUUGCCUCCGUUUGCCAUGGGCAGCAGAUUUUGGCUGCUGCUGGUGUUCUCAAGAAUGCUCAUAAUGAUCUUGAGGAACUUCUUGUGGUGGCGACUACUUUAACUGCGACUCUUGGCAUUGGUGUGGUAUUAAAGUGUGAUGAAAUGAAAUUAGAGCCAGUGGAAUAUGAGGCCCUGUUGAGGAAGAAAUGUACAGCAUAUCCUGCUGUGAAGCUUGACAUGGUACUAGCCGGCGCCACAUGGUUAGAACCUGAUCCAAUCGAUCGCUACUUCACUGAUGGAAACUUGGUCACAGGAGCGGCUUGGCCUGGUCACCCAGAAUUCAUUUUUCAGUUAAUGGCACUACUGGGUAUAAAGUCUGAGGAACGAAUGAGGAAAGAGAUGGAAAGAUUUGAUCAUGAAAGAAGGAAGGAAGAAGAAAGGUUGAUGCGUGAACAGCAGAGAGAGGAGGAGAGAUUGCUACGUGAGCAAAGGCGAGAAUCAGAGCGACAGGAGUAG